GGCGGGGCGGAGGCGGCGGCGCCCCCGGGAUCCACUCGCCCAGCGCCGGCCCCUCCACUCCAAGCCGCGGCCGCCACCCGUCCCGCAGCCAACUUGGGCCGAAACUUCCCCGGUACCGCGCUCCAGAGCAGGGCGAGCAGCCCAGCGAGACCGUCGGCGGCCGCCCGAGCAGGCGCCCUGGGCGCAGGGCCUCCCUCUGGCUCGGCCGCGGGCUCCGCACCCCCGACUGUCUCCACUGGCCGAGUUCGGGGGUCCCUGGCGCGGAGUAGGGAGCCCUCGCGGCAGCAGGAGGGUGCGCAGACUCCGAGCGCCGGGGCUGCCUGGCUGGGCUCCGCUGGCCCCUCGGAGGCUGCCCCAGCAUCUAGGGGACCCGAGACGCCUUGGCGGGACCCCGAGAGCGGAGCGCUCCCGCCCGCGCCGCCAGCCCCGCGCCCCUGCGGCGGAUGAAGAGUCGGAUGCAGCGGCCCGAGCGGCCCGCGCGCUGAGAGGAGCGGGCAGGGUCUGCCCUGGGCUCCGCCGGCGGGCCAGGGCCCCCGACCGCCCCCUGCGCCCCGCGGGCCGCGCCUCACCCGCCGACACAGCGCAGCCGAGCGCAGGAAGAGCCGGGCCCGGCCGAGGGGCACCCGGAGCCCCCGGGCCUGACAAGCGGCGGGACAGGCAGGGAGCCCUACUCUGGAAGCUGUCAGUCCCAGGGCACUGGGCAGGGCUGAGGCCAACCAUGCCCAGCCUGCUGCUGCUGUUCACAGCUGCUCUGCUGUCCAGCUGGGUUCAGCUUCUGAUAGAAGCCAACUCCUGGUGGUCAUUAGCUAUGAACCCGGUGCAGAGACCCGAGAUGUUUAUCAUCGGUGCCCAGCCUGUGUGCAGCCAGCUUCCUGGGCUCUCCCCUGGCCAGAGGAAGCUGUGCCAAUUGUACCAGGAGCACAUGGCCUACAUAGGGGAGGGAGCCAAGACAGGCAUCAAGGAAUGCCAGCACCAGUUCCGGCAGCGGCGGUGGAACUGCAGCACAGUGGACAACGCGUCUGUCUUUGGGAGAGUCAUGCAGAUAGGUAGCCGAGAGACCGCUUUCACCUACGCGGUGAGCGCCGCGGGCGUGGUCAACGCCAUCAGCCGGGCCUGCCGCGAGGGCGAGCUCUCGACCUGUGGCUGCAGCAGGACGGCGCGGCCCAAGGACCUGCCCCGGGACUGGCUGUGGGGCGGCUGUGGGGACAAUGUGGAGUACGGCUACCGCUUCGCAAAGGAGUUCGUGGAUGCCCGGGAGCGAGAGAAGAACUUUGCUAAGGGAUCGGAGGAGCAGGGCCGCGUGCUCAUGAACCUGCAGAACAACGAGGCGGGUCGCAGGGCUGUGUAUAAGAUGGCAGAUGUAGCCUGCAAAUGCCACGGCGUCUCGGGGUCCUGCAGCCUCAAGACCUGCUGGCUGCAGCUGGCCGAGUUCCGCAAGGUAGGGGACCGGCUGAAGGAGAAGUACGACAGUGCGGCCGCAAUGCGCAUCACCCGAAAGGGCCGGCUGGAGCUGGUCAACAGCCGCUUCACCCAGCCCACUCCAGAGGACCUUGUGUACGUGGACCCCAGCCCUGACUACUGCCUGCGCAAUGAGAGCACGGGCUCCCUGGGCACGCAGGGCCGCCUUUGCAACAAAACCUCAGAGGGCAUGGACGGCUGUGAGCUCAUGUGCUGCGGCCGAGGCUACAACCAGUUCAAGAGCAUGCAGGUGGAGCGCUGCCACUGCAAGUUCCACUGGUGCUGCUUCGUCAAGUGCAAGAAGUGCGCUGAGAUCGUGGACCAGUACAUCUGCAAAUAGCCCGGCGGCUGCUCCGUGGACCAGUACAUCUGCAAAUAGCCCGGCGGCUGCUCCGUGGACCAGUACAUCUGCAAAUAGCCCGGCGGCUGCUCCGUGGACCAGUACAUCUGCAAAUAGCCCGGCGGCUGCUCCGUGGACCAGUACAUCUGCAAAUAGCCCGGCGGCUGCUCCGUGGACCAGUACAUCUGCAAAUAGCCCGGCGGCUGCUCCGUGGACCAGUACAUCUGCAAAUAGCCCGGGGGGCCUGCUCCGGCACCGCCCACACUCUGCCUCACAAAGGUCUAUGUUAUAAAAAUCUAUAUAAAUCUAUUUUAUAUUUGUGUAAAUAAAUGGAUGGAUGCUAAAUAAUGGAAAGAUGCAAAUGGAAAGGAAAGCUUAUUUAAGAGACGCUGGAGGUCUUUGAGGAGUAGACUUUGCUGGUUCUUUCCUCCUGGGGGGUGAGAGGCGGGGCUUUUUCUCUGGCGAGGACUCUCAGGAUAUAGGGACUUGGGAAUAUUUACUGUCUGUCCACUGUGGCCUGGAGGAGGGAGGUUGUGGUUGGAUGGAGGAGAUGAUCUUGUCUGGAAGUCUGGAGCCUUUGUUGGUUAGAUGACCGCCCAUGACCCUGGCCACUAGGCCAAGAGGCCCUGUGAAGGUGGCAGGGACUCAGCUUCAACCCCGAUGUCUUCAGGGUCUUGCCCGGAAUGUAGAUUGGUUGCAGAAGAGGCCCGGUGCUCUCCUACUCUUAAUUCACGUGCAUCUGUGCAGCAUCUACAGUUACAGGAAUGGCUCCUUCCCUAAACUGAGGAGAAGUCCAAUAUCAUCUCUGGCCCAGUAACUACGACGAGAUCUGCACCUCCCGGACUUCGGGCCUGCCUUCCAGCGAGGCUUCUUCACCUUGCACAGUUGACUAGCUGCUGCCACAAGUUCCCCGCCUGAGGAGGGAAGGGGGCCGUUUGACCUGACAGUCAGGAAAGCCCUGAACUGAAUGUGCCUGGGCUGCAGAAGCCUGGGGGCAUGACUGGGCUGAGUGGACACUGUGCUGUCCUCCCCGCACGAGGGGAAGCUUAAGCUGCCGCUGUCACUCCUCCACCCUAGGGAGGUCAGGCUGGCGGCCGGCGCACUCAUCAUCUCUGCCCCAGGUGUACAGUUUCUCUUUGACAUUAAAUGCCCUUCACGGA